CAUCGCGAGACUUUGUGAGACUACCAACUGUCAACCUUUAUCAGUAGAACUUUUUACGCUUAUUUGUUGCUGCACUUUUCGAGCUUUAACCAAACGAUUAACUGCGUUCUUAGAGGACUGCAGAAUAGGUUAUACUGUUGUCAAAUUAAUUAGGAAUACUUUUUUUUGGCGUUUGUGUGUGUUUUUGUGUGAUUCAGAGCAAGCUAACUAGCUAAUAAUAACAACAGUACUAGCUAGUUUUGGCAUCCGUUUCCAGCUGUGUGCGUACACUUUGCUGCUGAAUUAGCCCCACAUGUUCAGGGUUAUACAUCAGAACACACAUUGAACAGUCAUAUGUGUUGAUAUUUGAUUAUGUUGAGUUGACUUCACGAUGUUAGCUACCUCAGUGUCGGGAUGUUUAGACUGACGGGUCUGUUCAGAGCAUUACGCAGGACCGUCUGCAGCGCCGCCGACGACAUGCCGAAGGUUAAGUUUUUCUACGCUGUACAGAAAGGAUUCAAACCAGGAGUCUACAGUUCAUGGGAUGAAUGUAAGAGCCAGGUGGACAAAUUUCCAGCUGCUUCUUUCAAGAAGUUUGCAUCAGAGAAAGAUGCCUGGGCGUUCUUCAGAGGUGUCGAACUUUCUCCAGUUCUUCCUCAGGUGAAGGAAGUAUCUCAGUGUGUGGAGUCGGCCAUCGCUCUGCUCCCUAAGAGAGGCCCGGAGCCUCUGCAGUACAUCCCUCUUGGUAAGAAGAGAUGUCACUCGGACGAGGACGCGGAGUCGCAUCACAAACGAGUCAAACAGUCGGAGAGCUCGUCUUCAGAAAGCACAGACGGAUUCACGUACAUGGGUGAUGCUGUGGUCGUUUACACCGACGGCGGCUGCUCGGCCAACGGACAGAAGGGCGCCCGAGCCGGCAUCGGCGUGUACUGGGGCUGCAACCACCCACUAAAUGUUGCCGAGCCGCUGCUGGGAAGACAAACCAACCAGCGUGCAGAAGUACAAGCAGCCUGCAAAGCGCUGGAACAAGCCAAAGAGAACAACAUAAAGAAGUUGGUCCUCUACACUGACAGCAAGUUCACAAUCAACGGUGUGACCACCUGGGUGAAGAACUGGAAGCAGAACGGCUGGCGGCUGAAAUCUGGAGGUCCGAUCACCAACAAAGACGACUUUGUGAAGCUGGACAAACUGAAUGCACAGGUGGAGGUGGUCUGGCUGCAUAUUCCAGGUCACGCCGGCUACAAAGGCAACGAGGAGGCCGACAGACUGUCGAGGGAAGGAGCCGCGAAGUCUCGGCCGACGCAGCAGUAGCAGGAAGAACGAGACUUUUACAGCUGGAGAUCUGCUGCAGGACCGUUCAUGUGCUCGCUGCUCUGUUUCUCUUAACAAGCGUUUGACUGCUCCGACUGUUGGAGAAGGAAGUUUGGGAGAUUUUCUGUUGAAUGUUAAAUUUAAGUAUAAUUAUGUGUCUUAUUAAAGUUUCUGCUGCAACCA